GGUCGAUUAGCAGGAUAUGAUGAUGUAUGCUAGUCCUGGAAGAGCCGCACCAGACUAGUUCGUGCAAUCGGUUUUUUCGGUAUCAACACUACACUGGUUGUAUAGAUAGAUUGAGAGACCGAUCCGUGUCUGCUAGUGGACUACCUGCCCUGCUCGUCGUCUUGGACCGACCUUCUCAGUGCUGCACUGUCUGUGUAGACUAUCUCGGAAUCAUUCUUCAUCUUAUUCCUAAUUCAUAACGUGCACUUGUUCGACAUCCCACUCAUGAAUGCCGUCAUUGUCGUGCCGUCGUUAUAGUCCUUUCUCGUCAAGAACCGCAUAAACCUCUGGUCACCAGACUUUAGAGAGUUCUAGAGAGUCAAACACUUUUUUCCAGUAGUCAUCGAUCUAACUUCUACUGUAAGGAAUGUUAUGCUAGAAAACGUCGCAUCUUCCCCCAGUUCUAGUCCUUGCCUCCAUCCAAGUCCAACUCCAAGCGACCUAAUAUAUUAACCUAAGCGCUAGUAACACUGAAUAAGAGCACUAAAAACAAGUAAUAUGUGUUCAACUAGAAAAACAAGAAUAAGAGGAGAGCUAAAAACAAGAAACAUCAAAAGCUUGCUCCGAUCAUUAAAUUAAGCACAAAAUGUCGGAGAAGCCUGUCCCGAUCGAAGACAACGACGACGAAUUGCCGUCACCGUCGAAAACGAGGAUCGUUCAAGAUGCGGAUGCGCCAGUGCCCAUGGUUACGGGUUUCCAAAUUGCAUUCUCUAGUAGCAUCCUUGGCUCUUUUCAUCUUACAGUAAGAUACUUUGUAAGUUACUAGAUAUCUUAUACUAGAAAUUAUAGGGGAGAAGCUCUUCGUUCACCAUCAGGAACAACUACAGGAACAAUCGACAGACCACUAACAACCCAACAACAAGCUAGCCUAGCGGGUAGGACUCGUCUGGGAAGUCUUAGGUAGCUCGCCGAAUGGAUUCAAUUCAUCAUAGAGGAGAAGUCCUACUACUUGGCCCUUCAUUUCGUACUAGAAAAGAAGCAAGGGAUGUUGUUCUGAAGAAUUUGAUGCUGCAACCUCUAACAGUGACAUAGACCAGAACUCCUCAGCCGAAGAGGAAUCGGCGGAAACUAAACCUUUCCACCUGGACGACGGGGACUCAGAGGCGUAUCGAGCUCGGCAACGCGCUAUAUUAAGGUUAGUUUUUCCACUACCAAAUCGUCCCAUCUGAAGUUCUAUCUUUGUUGAGUGGGGACGGGGAGGUCCUCCUCUUAUUUCUUCAAAGAGAAAGAAUCAAAGGGGGCGGAAAGAGGGGAACUCAUUCAAACAGGGAUAGUGGAAAACUAGCGCUAACUAUAGCGAGGGAGCGGGCUCAACACUUCGUAACGGUGUCAGCAUCGUGGAAAGGCAAGGCGCCGAAAGCGAAGAACCCGAAGCCACCGAAAGCAAGGGUACUUCUUUAUCUAAGUGUGUGAUUGUUAGUCCAAGUAGUUGCAAGAGUAGUCUUUGACUUUGUUAUUCGGUCAGCGUCAGAAGUAUUCCCUCGUUGUUUUGUCCCCCCUUCGAUGAUCACCUUCGAUGUAGAAGCUAGUUGCUUCAUCAACGUGUACAUGAUCAUGAGUGCUGCCUCAAUUUUAGAGGUCCUCCUACCACGACAUGAACACUCAAUAUGUUUUCAUAUCCUGCCCUCUAAUGCAUUACAGAAGCGAGAGGUUGAGAUAUUACCGCUUCCGAAGGAUGGAGGUGACACGCUUUUACCAAUGCAUUUGAAGAAAGUGGUAGUCAAAUGCUAAAGCAGAAGGUCCUGUAGAAGAAGACAGCGGUGUGAGUCUCUGCGUGUAAAUAGUAGAACUUGUUUAUUUUGUUCAUCAUGGGUCACAACUGGUUGUAGUUUUCGUACACUAUGACAUAGGUCAACCAUUUUGUGGUAGCACCUGCUGAUUGAUUUCUUUCCCCUAGAAGGUAGUACUGAUGUAAUGUUGAUCGAUGAAUAAAUCACUUUCGUAGGACAGUUCAAGUGUGUACUUGCAACUAUUUGAUGAUAAAUUUCAGAUUCAAGUUUUUUAGUUUGUUUCGACAUUUGUCAAGUGAGAAGUAGUCGUAUUUGUAAAUCUCUGAGUUCUUCUUGAGUCGAUGUUGGGUAUGGGUGACAACUUUUUGACGAUGCAUAGGCUAAUCCACCUAUUUGGGGGUUGUUUUUGAAUCGUAGUUUGAAUCUUUGAUGUUUGAAGUCGACAAAUGACUUUGAAGUCAGCAGAGCUUUCUUUUUCUUGGAAACGGGUCAAAGAAACACCUUCUGUUUGUGCAGGACACUUCUUUGAUGCCGAGAGUAGGGGAGCCGACUCCUGGUAUCUUUGAAGCAAGUUUUCAGUGUUCACUCUAGCAAUGUGUAAGUCUAAUUGAUUCUUGCUUGCUCUCAAUGUGUUCUUGGUCAUCUUUUUUCCAUGGGAUCAGACAGCUCCAGCCGUUUGGGCAAGUUAUUUCUCUGUUAUAAACCACAAUCGUUCAAGCAGGCUGACAUUCGGCCUUCUAAAGAUGCUCACUGGCACAGGG